UAUAUGUACAUGUUGAAACUAUGUUCACACAAAGCUGGGAAGGUAAACCAACUAGACCAUGUUUUCUUUAUUUGCAGUCACUGUAACAAAUUUAUCAUACUGAAUAUAGAACAGUAGCGUCAAAUUAUUCAAGUUGUUUACCACCUACUCAACAAACUUAACUAAGACUAAUGUGACUUAGACAAAAUUCUCCAUUAAUACCUGUUGAUGAAUUUAAUUAAAUCACUUUGACCCACAGAACUACUGGAGAAAUAAUGGUGUACAUAAGGAAUGUUGUCGAACCUGUUUUAUUUUUAUACAUGUUCUCUGAUUGCUUGAACAUCAUCACACUACAGUCAUUGGUCUAUGAGAGAACAUGUUUGAAAACCCUUGACUCAAAUCGCUGUCCUUUGUUGAAUAAUGGAUCAUUCCAACAUGAGGAAAUUGCCAUUCAAGUACAGACCUCUAAAUGGGUUCUGCACUUUAAUAUGGCCCUUUUGAUUCCUUCCAUUAUUGCAGCACUAUUCCUUGGUCCUUUUGGAGAUGCAUUUAGUCGUAAAAUUGUUCUUAUAUUGCCUAUUGUUGGCAAUAUCACAGCCAUUUUUGUUUUUCUGAUUAUUUCUGCAUUUGAUAGCAUCCCUGUAAUAUAUUUAUUGAUUGGUGUUGUUCUAAAUGGUUGUUGUGGUGGCCAUAUCGUCAUGAUGAUGGCACUUUAUAGCUACAUCGUUCACAUAACAGAUGUUAAAUACCGUACAAUUCGGCUUGGAAUCUUAGAAUCCAUGGUUUUCUUAUCAACAACCAUUGGUAUGUUGGUAGCUGGCAUGAUGUUAAAAUCUCUUGGUCAUACAGCAAUGUAUGGUAUAAUCAGUAUUUUUAACAUUCUCAAUUUAUUUUACACUGUAUUUGUGGUUGAAGAAUUGAUUGAGACAGACAAGUCUACAGGAAAGAUUUUGAGAAGCAUUUUCCUCAUUGAGAACAUCAAAAGUUUAUACACAUUUAUGACUCAGAAAAGAAAAUCCAACACACGGACUGUUCUCCUAUUUGGAAUUUUGAUUUUAUCUGUUCUGAUAUUGAUGACAAAAGGUGAAUUUUCCAUCAUUCAGCUCUUCCUGCGCCAUUCACCAAUAUCUGCUUCAGUGACUCAAAUUGGUUACUUCUUUAGUUUGCAGAACUUUGUGUAUGGCUUCACAUUGAUUAUCAUUCUUCCUUUGUUGAAGAAAUGUUUCUCAGUGAAUGACCUUGCUUUGAGUCUCGUUGGAUUUGCAGCUCAAGGAAUUGGAUCUAUCAUGUUUGGAUUGGCUCAAAACAUAACAACAGCAUUCAUUGUUCCAGUAGUAAAAAUGCCACUUGGUUUUACCUAUGCAACAAUUCGGUCUGUGACAUCCACUUUUGUUAACAUUGAUGAAGAAGCCAAACUCUUCACCUUUAUGGCAUACCUAGAAAACCUGAUGGCAUUACUUGCUUCACUGUGUUUCAACGGUCUUUACAGCCUCACUUUUGAUAUACACCAAGGAUUUGUCUUCUUUGUUUCAACUGCAAUAUGUUCGCUAUGCACUCUAUUCACAGUGGUCAUGUGGUUUCAAAUCAAGCAAUCAAAUGGCUACAAAGAUCUUGAUGAACACCAGGAGCUACAACACUCAGGAAAAUAAUAUAUAUAUAUAUAUAUCCAUCUAUCUGUCUAUAUAUAUAUUUGAAGAGAGAUUUUCUUAAAACCUGUUAGCUAUAUAAAAUUUUUGUUUUUAAAAAGCAGAAUGUUAUGAACCUUUUAAAAAAGGAGUUUUUCAUAUCGAGUGUAUUUUGUGUGAAAAUGCUUACACAUAACAUGCAUGACACAAUAACUUCUCACCAAAAGGUAUGCGCCAUUCUGUUUUUGAAAACAAAUAAUUUAAAGACAGUUAAUAGCUUUUAAGAAAAUCUUUCUUUAAACACAAUGACUCUACCAAGUAUUUCUUUAAACACAGUGACUCUACCAAGUAUUUCUUGCAAAACCUUUUAAAUAUACAAACACACACACACAUAUAUAUGAUGAUGAUAUAUAUAUACCAUUGUGUGUUUAGGAGUGCGUGCAUAUAUUUCUAAAAUUAAAUAUAAAACUGCCUAUUUUAUAUAUAUACAUAUAUACUAUUGAAUCUUGGGAGGGGCAUUAUGCCAGUAAUUAUAAACACGUGCAAUGGUUCAGUCCUUUAUUAUCGUU